AUGUUACGGACAGUAUGGUGGCUGGCCUUAUCGGGCCUUGUGAUGAAAGGAGGGUCCACUCAUCGUAUAGUCAUCAACACCUGGCCCGUCACAAACUCAACGAUGGCAGCAUGGACAACAUUACUGAACAACGGAAGUGCUGUUGAUGCUGUUGUUAGCGGAUGUAGUCAGUGCGAGGCACAGCAAUGCCGGGGUACCGUAGGUGCAAACGGAAGUCCAGAUGAAGAUGGCGAAACCACGCUUGAUGCUAUGAUAAUGGACGGGAUGACUAUGGACGUGGGCGCUGUAGGUUGCUUACGAAGGGUGAAGACGGCCAUAGCUGUGGCACGAGCAGUGAUGGACCACACCACUCACACGCUUCUUGUAGGAGAUUUGGCGACAAAGUUUGCUUUGGAGAUGGGAUUUUCAGAGAAAAACCUCACCGGGAACAGGUCUUUGAACAUUUGGAAAGACUGGAAAUCACACAACUGUCAACCAAAUUUCAGAGAGAAUGUUACACCAGAUCCAAAACACAGUUGUGGGCCUUACCAACCCAAAACACAAACAAUAGAAGACCUCCAGGAACCGUUAUUUACGGGGAAUUAUAUAGAAAGUGACCCCGACCCAGGAUAUGACGUAGAUAAUCACGACACAAUAGGCAUGAUUGUAAUUGACCAAUCAGGAAGCAUCAGCGCCGGUACCUCAACAAAUGGUCUUACACAUAAAGUCCCAGGACGUGUUGGGGAUUCCCCGAUAAUGGGGGCGGGAUCUUACGCGAUGAAUGGUGCAGGAGGAGCAGCUGCGACCGGUAAUGGCGACAUCAUGAUGCGAUUCCUUCCGUCUUAUAAUGCAGUGAUUCAAAUGCAAAAUGGAGUGGAUCCAGUAACUGCACUGCAGAAAUCAAUGGCACCGAUAAUUAAAUUUUACCCAUCAUUCCGAGGGGCGAUGAUUGCAGUCAAUAAGGAUGGAAAAUAUGGCGCUGUGUGCCAUGGUUACACUAACUGGACAUUCUGUGUGGCAGACGACACUACACCGGAAGUUCAACUACACCAUAUAGACUGUAAAAACAGUAUGAAAGAUGUAAACUCUGCGAAUACUCGCAAUCUUCCAACAGUUUUUGUCCUCAUCAUACUGUAUUGUAUUUUUCUCUUAAUCUAGAAAUAUUGCUGCUAAAUGAGUGACUGUAAAUAUAUUCAUUUAUCUCGCAUGCUUACCCUUUUUAUCCCAUUAUAUAGUGUAUGUGGAUAUUUGGGUCAUGGGGUGUUGUUUUUUGUAUUUCACAAUCUAUAUCUCGACGACUUAUGAUAUAUAAACAAGUACAUAUUUGUGAAUUUGUAAACAUAAAUGAUCAAGUAGAAUAUUCGAAAUAAUUUUAUGAAUGAACUAGCAUGCAAACAGAUC